GCCUACAUUUUUCCGGCUACUCGAGACUAAAUUUCACUCUGUACUUUUCAGGGUCUACUCAUAUCUAGCUCAUAGUUUUUUGCUUAGUCUUAUAAAAAGGGAAGCGUUCUGUCGAUGCCACGUCGUUUUGCGCGCGAUUUGGCAUGUGUGAACGAGUCGGAAUGACAGACGCAGAUUCUGGUGCUGCCGGUAGGUAUAAGUCAAUGGAAGGAGCCGGCAUGUCGAUGAGAUUAGCGAACGACGCUCGUAGGGCGACGGGCACGCAGUCGAUAGAAAGGAACGGCUCACUGAUGGAUGGAUUGAAUGUUGAGUGUACGAAAUCUCUGUGAUGACUUGCACUUUGGCCCUUUGAUAUGACCAAUUUUUUGUUUAGUGAGGUGUGUUGCUGUGCGUGUGUUCUGUGAACGUGUGGGUCUCGUCUUUAGUCUCGUAGACUGUAUGGUUGUGGAGUACUAGUGUGAAUAGUGUGUUACUGCUUGCUGUCAAGAGCUGUCAAUUGGUGAUUGGUGAUUGGUGUGUGUGUGUGUGUGUGUGUGUGCGUGCGUGCGUGCGUGCGCGCGUGCGUGUGUGUGUGAGUGAGUGUGUGCGUGCAACAGAGAAAAAGAAAGUAGUAGCUCCAGUCAAUACACUCACCCCUUUUGGGGGAGCACAAAUUGCAGGAAUGCAGAGGUCAUCCGUAAAGAGACAAACCAACAAGGAUGCAAUACAGAGACUUCGUCUUGAAAGCAGUGAUGAUGAAGACACAGCCAAGCCGAUGUCUUAUGAUGAGAAGCUACAACUCAGUCGCAACAUUAACAAACUUCCCGGCGAGAAGCUUGGGAAGGUUGUCAACAUCAUUCAGCAGAGAGAGUCAAGUCUCAAAGACUCAAAUCCUGAUGAAAUUGAGAUUGAUUUUGAUACACUAAAACCAUCGACAUUACGAGAACUAGAGAGCUAUGUUGCAGUGUGUUUGAAAAAGAAGCGAACCGAUGAGCAUUUUUGAUGUCACUAACUGUGUGUGUGACUGUUUCGGUGGAGUCGUUUGAUUUUUGUUGGUGGAUUGAUUAUGAAAUAGACACAUUUACUUCCAUUGUGGAGACCCAUGA